UUUUUGUUUACGUGUCUUGACGUUUCACAUCUUUUCGCCGGAACUUUCCUAUCUAAACCAUAUAACAUUAGCACGAUAGCAACUUCCCAAGGAAGAUGGUUUAUUAUUUACUGUUUAUUAAUAAUUAAUAGAAUAAAAGCACGAUAAAAACCACCGUGGAAAUAACAAAAAUUAAAUUUGUACAGCUGUUUUACAAGUUGGUUAAGACCUUGAGUUUGUACAAGUUGCAACAACAAUCCAACUUCACAAAGGGCAAAACGCAACGAGCACAACAAAAGUAGAAAAAAGAAGAAAGACGGUAAACAUGAACAUAAUAAUCAAUGCAAAUCAUCUGAAAUACAUCAGUUUGAUAACUUUAACGCUGCAAAAUGCCAUAUUGGGUUUAUCUAUGCGCUAUGCGAGGACGAGGCCUGGUGAUAUUUUCCUCAGCUCAACCGCUGUUCUCAUGUCCGAAGUAGCAAAACUUUUAACUUGCCUCGUUUUGGUCUUCAACGAAGAGGGUAAAGAUCUUCAAAAAUUUUUGAAAAGUCUGCACAAAACCAUCAUUGCCAAUCCCACGGAUACGCUGAAAGUGUGUGUUCCUUCUCUGGUGUAUAUAGUACAAAACAAUUUACUCUAUGUAUCGGCCUCGCAUUUGGACGCAGCCACCUAUCAGGUGACAUAUCAGUUGAAGAUAUUGACCACAGCCAUGUUUGCGGUGGUAAUUUUACGCAAAAAACUGCUAAACACACAAUGGGGAGCUCUAGUGCUGCUGCUGUUGGGUGUGGUGUUGGUGCAAUUGGCUCAAACGGUCACAGAUGGUGCUGCAGCGGCUGCACAAACCACAAAUGGCAUUGAACAAAAUCGUUUCUUGGGCCUUAUGGCUGCCUUGGGUGCCUGUUUCCUUUCGGGCUUUGCUGGCAUCUAUUUUGAGAAGAUUUUGAAGGGUGCCGAUAUUUCCGUAUGGAUGCGUAAUGUUCAAUUGUCUCUGUUGAGCAUUCCCUUUGGUACCAUCACUUGCUUUGUUAGUGAUGCUUCGAAAAUUUUCGAACAUGGAUUUUUCUUUGGCUACGAUCUAUUCAUAUGGUAUUUGGUAUUGCUUCAGGCUGGUGGUGGUCUUAUAGUAGCAGUGGUGGUGAAAUAUGCUGAUAAUAUUCUCAAGGGCUUUGCCACUUCAUUGGCCAUUAUAAUAUCCUGUGUGGCCUCCAUCUAUAUUUUUGAAUUUAAUUUAACCUUCAAAUUCGCCUUGGGCGCUGCCUUAGUUAUAGUCUCGAUAUUUUUAUAUGGUUAUGAUCCUAAAAAGCCCAAUAACUCGGCUGCGCCUAUUAAAAUAGUUACUGGAAAUGCAACGGGAGUAGGCCAACAUCCAGACGAAGAGAAACUCUUGCCUUGAAUUUUAUCCAUCGGCCGUUUUGGGGACGGAUGGAUGGAUGGAUGGAAGCAAUUCGUGUUAGUGUAUAAAUGUUUAAAACAAAUGUGUUUGUUUGUUUAUUUGUAUGUAUAUGUAAGUACUUAUUGCUUAAGCUCUAAAGAAAUGAUUUGACUCCUAUUUGUGUAGUAUUUACAGUAUUUUACAAAUCAUCAUCAUCAUCAAUAGUAUGUCAUAAGAACAUUGAUUUGAGAAAUUUUUAUUUAAUUAAAUUAUACCUAUUUUUUAUAUAUUUUUUUUUGGCAAAUUUUGGAGUACGAGCUUCAAGUUUGCUUCAAUAAAUUGUAACGUCAAAUUUAGUUUGAAAUUAAAA